CUCUAUACAGUACAUCUACUUGAGUGGUUUUGACAGGUGUUAGUGAUCAAAUCCAUUAUUUUGAAACAUCAAAUGUGCCUGAAGUAAAAUAAUACACUAAGAUACAGUAAAUCAAUAUCAUGUUAGUGAUAAAAGAUCAAUACAGUGGUGCCAGAGUGGUGAAACACGGUGAGGCCUGGGAGGAGGGGGCCAUAGAUGAGUCCCUCCUUCCUCCACCUGGGGGGAGGGGGCCAGAGAUGAGUCACUCCCCACUCCCCUUGAGUCACGUAUUCCUACAACUCUAAGAUGUGAAGGUCAUGUUAAAGUGAUCAAUAUCUCUGUUGUUGCCACUUAAUCCCUGUAACAAUCACAUUUCUUCAUUACUAACAAAUUAUCUUCACAUUCCCACCAAUAUAAUGGAAAUCUAUGAAUAGCAGAAAGGUGCUGCACAUUAAUACCAAAAGACACUGAAAAAAUCAACUGUAGUAAGAAAAUAGAAAAUUCUUCAUACCAGUCAAUAGGCAACUUCACAAACUUGAACGUGAUUGGUCAAAUAAAACUAUACAAAUAAUACGUCAUCCGGUACUUUUCCUCUCGUUCAUGGCAUCAGUAGCAUCAUGGACACGGACUUGAAUGUUGCCUACAUCCGCUACCCUCCCACGACAGCCAACGAGCCCCCAGACGGCCCCUGUCAUGUGUGUGACGAGUAUGGCUCCUGCCACACCUGCAACAGUCAUGCUCACACAUGCUUUAUCAAGCCUGCAGGAGGCCCAAAGGGGACAAAGGAGGAAGACAGAAGUGCACGAGGGGGAGGAAUGAGCCAAUCACAGCAGGACACUACAGCGGCCUCACAGCAUUCUGAAGUGGACAAUGCCAAGGGUGUGGGUGGUAGCAUCUACAAGAUCGAGGAGUCAGAAGUGGGGAGUAAGAUGAGUCUCUCCCAGGACUCCAGCACUGAGAGGGGAAACUGGCAGACCAAGUGGGAUUAUUUCCUCUCUGUCGCAGGGUUCUCCAUCGGCCUCGCCAACGUGUGGAGGUUCCCUUACCUGUGUUACAUGAAUGGCGGAGGUGCAUUCCUGGUGCCUUACCUGCUGGUGUUGGUGGUGGUGGGUCUGCCCCUCUACCUGCUGGAGUCCGCCCUCGGUCAGUUCUCCUCCUGCAGCUGCUUCACCCUUUACGAAGUCUGCCCCAUCUUUAAAGGUGUUGGCUACGCGACGUUUAUCAUGAAUCUGGUGUUCGUGGCGGUGUACAGUGUGGUCAUUGCCUACCCCCUCGUCUUCCUCUACAACUCCUUCAGUACCAAGCUGCCCUGGUCCUCCUGCGGCAACACAUGGAACACCCCAGCCUGCUCCCUCGCAGAGAACCGGAACUCAACGCUCGCUGGAGAUUCUCAACAACUCUCUCCUGCUGAUGAAUUUUUUCAUAACUUCAUCUUGGAGAUCUCAGAUGACAUUACCGAGCUGGACGGCUUCUUGUGGCCAGUUGUGGGAGCUUCCUUCUUCAUCUGGACCUUUGUGUUCCUUACUGUCUUCAAGGGCAUCAAUGUCUUCGGGAAGGUGGUAUGGUUCACGGCGAUCUUUCCCUUCAUCAUGUUGUUUACACUUCUCAUCCGGGGCUUGACACUACCGGGUGCUUGGGACGGCAUCUACUUCUACAUCUGGCCUAACUUUGAGAAGCUGAAGGAACUGAAGGUAUGGGCAGCAGCGGCGGGCCAGAUCUUCUACUCACUAGGGCCUGGCUGGGGGAUCCUAACCACACUGGGUUCCUACAACAAGUUCCAUAACAAGUGCCAGAGAGAUGCCGUAUUGGUGCCUAUCCUAAACUGUGCCACCUCCAUCCUGGCCGGGUUUGUGGUCUUCUCCGUCCUGGGCUUCAUGGCGCACCGAACUGGGACCACCGUAGAGAAAGUUACUUCUGCUGGUCCCGCCCUUGUGUUUAUCACCUACCCAGAGGCGCUCUCCCUCAUGCCCUUCGCUCCUCUCUGGGCCGUCCUCUUCUUCCUCAUGAUCUUCUUCCUCGGCAUCGACUCCAUGAUCGCGCACAUCGAGACAACAACUGUGUCAUUUGUGGACGAGUUUCCUCAGUACCGCCACCGCCGAGGCCUCGUCACCUUCCUUGUGUGUUUCUUCGAUAUGCUCGCCUCCCUCCUCUUCUGCACCAGGGGCGGGAUAUACUGGCUAACGCUGGUGGACUGGUACAGCGCCUCCUACACCCUCAUACUCAACUGCCUCUGUGAGAUCCUCAUCUUUGGCUUAAUAUACGGAGCUGGCAGGACAGUGAGGGACCUGCAGAUCAUGACCACUGAGAAGGUCAGCUACUACUGGUACGUCGUCUGGCUGGCCGCAGCCCCUACCGUCUUACUGCUGAUCUUCAUCAACACGAUGGUGAGCAACGCGCCAGCCAGUUAUCGUGGGGAGGCGUUCCCAGGCUGGGCUCAGGGCAUUGGGUGGCUCACUGCUCUUGUCUCCAUGCUGGCUAUCCCAAUCUACUUCUUCUAUUACCUCACCUGUGCCUCUUCAGGAAGUCUUUCACAGAUCACUAUCUUCAUCCAUGUCGACAGCGUAUGGAGUGCGGGUUGCAGCCAGCAGAGUCAUGGGGCCCUGCAGUGGAGAGCCACAGGGAAGAGUGGGAAACUCUGUGUAAGCAGCAACCUCUCCGUCACCGCCUCCUUCACCCGGACCUCUUCCCAACUUUCCCCAACUACAACCUGACGGAGUCUUCCCGCGCCUUCUCGAAGCCACAGGACCGAGAUUUUUCGCUUAAUAAUUAUUCUUCAAAUAUUACUCAAGUUUAACAAAGAUUUCAGACAGUUUUGAUGACCUUCGGUGUAUAUCAUCGCCUCUGGCUUUUAUAAUUUAUCUAUGAAGUGUGUAUGAUCGUUUGAGAGACUUCUUGUCUAAGGUUACCUGUGUUGUAGCUGAUCCACAACUCAGUAUCUCACCCGAGACGCUUAUUUGAUGUUACUGAUCAUAAUUAUUCUUAGUUUGUAAGAAUGUUUGACAUUUGAAUCCUGGCACCUGACAACUCACACAUGACAACAGUAGCUAGGCCAACAUGUAAUAUCUUAUUUAUGGCGAUUAUUGGUGUCUCAGUCUGCCCUUCAGCUUCUUUAUGGGUCUUCUGUAUCAUCAACUAACACUAAAAAAUAAAUUAAAGAACUGUACAUAGAUCACUUAGAGUCGGAUGGUGAUGGUUGGCCCACUUAGAAUAUGUCUCUUUUUAUCUACAACUUUUACUCUUAAUAUCACUCAUAAAAUUUUAUAUGUUUUCAAAGUUAAUUUAUAUUUUGCUUUGACACCUUCUUCUGCAUGUCAUAGGUGGUGGUAGAGCCUGGGUCACUGUGGCUGUGGUGUGGUGCUGAGCGGCUGUUGUUGUUGACAAAAUCCCGCCAAUCAGUUACCCAGUGGACAAAUCUCACAAAUGUUUUAAUAAAGUAGACAAACUCUCACAAAUUAAUGUCUAUAUUAAGUACAAAUACCUCACUAGGUUAUAUUAGUUUAGGUGAGAUUUUGCUCUGCAUCAUAUACAGAACGGUCUGUGUCCCUGACUCCACCGUACUCAGGGUUGGUCUCGCAGAAAGUAACUACAGCAUUAACAGUAAUAUAUACUUUAACCUUAUUUAUUUUUAAAACAUUCAAAUAACACAAAAUAAAAGAGAUAAUACUGUAUUAAAUUUUCUGAAGAUAAGAAAAAUAUUGUAUGUAGACCCUGUAGUGACGCAGUGGUUCUCAAACUAUGGGUCAUGAUCCAAAAGUGGCGCUGACCCAGCCCUAAGGGAUACCUUGCCCGCUAAAAGGUUAAAUUGCCUUCAUAGUUCGUCUUGUUUUCUUCCCCGAUGGUAAGACAGGUGGGUAGAGGUAAUUGUCGUGCUGUUUUGUUUUUGUGCACAUUAACCAAUCUUCUUUACGUUUCUUUUAUUGUAUUUCUAGCAGUAAUAUUGUAGAAAAAUGUGUAAUGAAAGUUUCUUAUUCUUUGCUUGUGAAAAUGGUAACUCAUGUACUGUAUAUGUUUUCGUUCUGAGGCUGAGACAGUGCUGUGAUGUGCUGUCACUCCCUCAGCUGAGCUCAGGAGUCAGGACAGGAGGUGUUUAGUUACUGUAGGCACCAACCAGUGAAGCCACACACGUUUUUUCUCACUCUGAUUGUCUUGCCCUGUUACCUGUUGUGAGCUGUGCCACACUUACAAAUGCAGGUAUGUUUACUUCAAAGUAGUAAUGUGAUAUAAGGGGCAGGCAGGCUGAGAAUGUUUGUAAAAAAGGGAUGGUGCUGGACUACUGAUACCAAAACACCAGGAGCCAGAAUCACCAAGCGAUCUUAAGUGAAAUCGUAAAUUUCAUGUGAGCAAGUGGUUUUCAGCUUUAGCAGAGGAACAAGUUAAAUCUAAUUCCCGACAGAAUCAUGGCUCCCAUUAGUUUAGUUAGGUUUUUUUAAACAUGCAAAUAUGACAAUAAAUUUGAUUUAACCUUUUUUUAAUCAAUGGGUCGCAAAGUUCCGAGAUAUUCAAAAUUGUGCCACACUCGAAAAAGUUUGAGAACCACUACAUUAAGUAAUGUAGUGUGUUGUGUCAUUAUUUAGAAUAAAUUAAGUGAAAGUGGAAAAAGCACCUUCUCAUGCCAUCUAUUGACAAAUAAAUAAAACAAAUGACUGCCUCCAGCCUUGAUGUUCCUUUACUGUACAACUUAUAAUAGAUGUGAUUCCUAAUAAAGUUCAUUAGUAUUA